CAAAUGAAUUAACCGACUGUAUUUAUUUGUUAGGAUUGAUAUGGGGCAUUUAUUGAAAUGUUUAUCUCCGAAACUCUUGUCAAAUGUUACGUCUGGUGAGGGGAGGGGGUGCGCGCUAGCUACACAUUUAGCUAGGUAACGUUAGUUAACGGUAGUUAGGUAGCUAAACAAUUUUCAUGCGGGAGUAUCCAUGCCAGUUAGGGAGUGGAGAAAUGUAGUUGGAAAAGGGAAGUUCGUCAUUUUAAAACAGUGUUGUAAUAAUCUACCCCAAUUAUAUCCGUUAUUUUAUAGUUAAACAAUUAUAUCGCAGAGUGGGAAUUAGCUAGCUACAGUAGGUAACGUAGCUAGUUAUUUCAAAAUGGCCUCAUCUCCGUUGUCGCCCCAGCGUCCCUGUUGCUCGAGCUAGACAAAGCAUGCGGUACAGCUCCCAGAGAAGGACAUGCGCUAUUGCAGCGAGUGCAAAAGAAAUAACUAAUUUCAUUAUGUACAUAUUUUUGUAUUAACCUAUUAUGAAUUGCAGGAUACACACUCGCACUGUUGCGUAGUCAGCUAAUUUCUCCAUUCAAAUAAGCAUAAGCGGCAGCGGAAAUACUGUCAACGUCAGUAUUGUGGGGGAGGGGAGACAAUUCCUAGGUGGAGCCAGAGACGAGGAGGAGGAUCUCUGGUGGAGCUGUGGGUGUUAAUGCUAUUUUAUGUAUUAAGCCUUGCUGCUCUUUGACGUUUAGAACGGUGUAAUUUAACUGAGGCAUAACACAGAGUACAACAAGCACAGCAUACAUGAAUGAGGUUCCCUCCUUACAUUUGGUACUGACAGAUUAAUUGUUUGGAGUAAAAAACCUGAUUCAUCAAAACAAUGAUUCAACUUUAAAGAUGUUUUUUUUCUUCUUCAUUUAACCUUUAUUUAACUAGGCAAGUCAGUAAAGAACAAAUUCUUAUUUACAAUGACGGCCUACUGGGGAACAGUGGGUUAACCGCCUGUUCAGGGGCAGAACGACAGAUUUUUUACCUUGUCAAUUCAGGGAUUCAAUCCAGCAACCUUUCGGUUACUGGCCCAACGCCCUAACCACUAGGCUCCCUGCUGUCCUAUUUUGAAGGGGUGUAUGUUGGCUUGACCUAUGUUUUGUUUUAUUAUAGCCACAUUAACCUAUUAGAUCCUAUUUAUCAAUGGAUUACAACCUAACAGAUUUGUAUUGAACAGGCUUUUUCGGUUUGCAGUGUUCAUAAAGAGCAAAAAGUCCCCUGCCUGGCACCAGUAACUAGUUUUUGUCUCAUCAAAAUGAUUGCACCUCCUUUUUUCCUUGUUGUCAGAUAUCCAAUCAGCUAUACUCCCAUAGUAGACACCUAUUUUUGUGGGUGGAAUGGUGAAUUAAUAUGAACCCUGUGUUUUUGUUACUUGUGUAGUAUUUUGCUUCUUAGCUAGAAAUUCUCCAUUAUUUUUUACAGUUACCACUAAGGUAACAAAGGAGAAACAGAUAAAGUACAUUCAUGUGUCAGCCUCACAUUCUGUAUUUUGAAUAGGGUACCUGGCAACGCUACUCAUGAAUUGGACUAGAAAAUAUGGAAUUAUUAUUUGGGUUCUAGUUAUUUAGAACACAAUCCUCUGGGGUACAAGACAACUGUCAAAUUCAGCAAAUGUUGUAUCAGACUGUUUGUGCAUUUUAUCUGUGGUCUGAGGCAGGUCCAUUUGCAGUCUUCAGUUCUUGCAGCUAACAUGAUCUUAGAUUUCAGUAAGGGCACCAGUCCAAUUAUGUGACAGAUUGUUUUUCAUCAUGGUUUAUUGAUGGCUAAUGACAUUAGAAGCACAUAACCACCCUCUAGUGAAAGCAAUGGUUAGGCUAAGUGGUCGGCCAUAAAGUCUGCAUUCAAGUUAGGUUCAUUAACACACUAAAAAGCACUCUCCUGAUUGCUUCCAAUGGUGAAAACAUACAGUAAAUGCGACAGUGUCACUUGUGAUGUUAUUUGUUGCUCCAGUGCUGAGAUGUCUUCUCAGGUAGGACCAAAGCUCAAUGUCCUUUGCUUGGCAGACUGAUAGAUUGUGCCCCUGUGAUGUCCACAGUCUAUCCCUGCAGCCUUAGAAUAGAUAGAUACAAGACAUUUGCUUAUUAGGAACAUUGCUUAAGUUGCUAUUAUCAACUGUGCUUGUUUUUGCCAUAAGCUAGUAUAGUGUUAAAAUAAUCUAUUAAGUGCAAAUGUUUGCUGUUUUGAACCAAAAUGUUACUGUAUUAGGUUACUUUAUUUCAUACUUGCCUCCUGUUUGAUAUAAUUUCUUGCUUCGUAGAUGGUUGAUCCAUGUAGCAGAGUAGUAACUCCAAUUACUGCCCCACCCACUGCUCUCUCUGAGGAGAUGCACACCCUGACAGAAGUUCCUUUGUUUUAGUCUGAUGGAAAAUGUAGUGUGAUGUCACACAGGCUCCUGUCCUGUGUUCUCUUCCUACUCUGCUCUUCCCUGCUUGUUGGUUCCUUGGAGUCAACAGCCGUCCCCUGUUGUUUUGAGGCAAGUCUUCUGAUAUCUUCUCAUUCAGACAGAGAUACUGCUUCAGGAAGGUUCAUUUUCACUGUUCCUCCUUUCCCUUUAAUGACAUUCUAGCAGUUAUAUUUUUUGGAGCAUGGUGUGUAUAUCUCAAACAUAUCACAUUUAAACCUGUGUGGUAUUCUUUUGACUUUUCUCACCCAGUAUGUGUCCUAUUAACUUCACUCCGGUAGUACAGAAGUGAACUAACUUUUGCCAAUAUUUAGAUGUUUGACGACAGGUGGCAGUGGGGUGGGAUAGUGUAUGUUCAUGAGCUGAUUGUGUUUUUUGUUGUUGAGAGAAGCCUGACCUGUCCUGAUUUUGACCGCAGUGAUGGUAGUUGGUUGGUAACAUGCUGUAUUUUCGGUGGUUCAGUGGGUCUGUUAAAAGUGUGGUUGUUCCGCCCAGCAGGAGCCUUGCUUCAGACUGGCCUAAAAUGGGCAGAAAGGGUGCAGAACAAAAGCUGCUUGUUGCUUGUACAAAAGUACUGAAGCGCUGCAGCCGGGACCAAGCUGCUAUGCUAAUGCCUGUGCCUCUCAACAGGAAAGAGAGCCAAAAUGUUCCCGAAGGGCACGAAGCGCAAGUUUUCCGACUCCAGGGAGGAACCUGUGGCAGGCGGUGAGGAUGUGAAUCAGUCGAAUUUGGCAGCUGUGAGGAUGCUGUCGUCCUACAGCCUGCAGCGGCAGUCCCUGCUGGACAUGUCCCUGAUCAAACUGCAGCUGUGCCACAUGCUGGUGGAGCCUAAUCUGUGCCGUUCGGUGCUGAUUGCCAACACGGUGAGGCAGAUCCAGGAGGAGAUGACCCAGGACGGCACCUGGCAGAUCAUGACCCAGGCCCUGAGUGCUGCCAACGCUGCUGCCCAGUGCUCUGCAGACCGCCUGGUGGCCACCGAGGUGCUGUGUCGGCAGACAGAGGCAGCCCAGGGGGAGCAGGUCCCCAAGCCCUUCCCAGUGGUGGGGUCAGAGGGCUGCCCUGCGGAGGAGGUGGCGGCGGCAGAGGUGGGAAUGACUAUGUCCACUGUCUCCCCCCAAGCCCCAACCUCCUACCUGCCAGGCACCUUUGGCAUGGACCCCUGCUGGGAAGAGGAGACAGGUGAAGAUGAUGAUGAUGAUGAUGAUGAGGAGGAGGACAGUGAGGAGUGUGGGUCUGGCUCAGAGGGGGAGGAGAGGGAGCGUGACAGCCUGGUGGAGGACACCAGGACAGCAGAGCAGGUCUUUGGCACGUUCGAGAUCAAAAACCCUGCGCCCAGCCCCGACCCUGCUCUGGAGGAACUGUUUUCAGACGUGGAUGCGUCUUACUACGACCUUGAUACAGUGCUGACAGGAAUGCAGAGUGUUCCUAAGAUGGGGCCCUAUGACCUCCUGGAGAGCCUGUCCUCCCAUGGGCCCUCACCCCUCAGUUCCAGCACCAGCUGCCGAUCAGACCUCAAUGAACUGGACCACAUCAUGGAGAUCAUAGUGGGCUCCUGAGAAACAACACACUUCAUUGCAUACUUACUUUGCAGACUCUUUACAGACUGUGCACGUGGUGCGUACAUGGAUAUGGUGUUAUUAUAUGUUCAGAUGUUGAGGGUUUAUGAAAUCAAGAACAUAUUCAGUGUUACGACAUGCAGCUGUGCAUCUCUAAGUGGGCAGAGAUUACAACCUAUACCAUUACAAAUUUUCUUAUUUUACAUACUUUUCUAUAUUUCUUUUUGUCAUACAAUCUAUUUUUCCAGUUUUGUUUUUAUUUAUUGUAAUAUGUAUGGACUGAAGAACAAUGUCAUUACACUACACACAAAUAGACCCGAACAUCCAAACUUCUGAUGAGAUGCAUAUUUUCCUAAAGAGUAAAACAAAUAUUAGUGAAACAUGUACGUACAGUUGAAGUUGGAAGUUUACAUACACCUUAGCCAAAUACAUUUAAACUCAGUUUUUCACAAUUCCUGACAUUUAAUUUGAGUAAAAAUUCCUUGUCUUAGGUCAGUUAGGAUCACCACUUUAUUUUAAUAAUGUGAAAUGUCAAAAUAAUAGCUGAGAGAAUUAUUUAUUUCAGCUUUUAUUUCUUUCAUCACAUUCCCAGUGGGUCAGAAGUUUACAUACACUAAUUAGUAUUUGGUAGCAUUGCCUUUAAAUUGUUUACCUUGGGUCAGACAUUUCGGGUAGCCUUCCACAAGCUUCCCACAAUAAGUUGGGUGAAUUUUGGCCCAUUCCUCCUGACAGAGCUGGUGUAACUGAGUCAGGUUUGUAGGUCUCCUUGCUCGCACCCGCUUUUUCAGUUCUGCCCACAAAUUUUCUAUGGGAUUGAGGUCAGGGCUUUGUGAUGGCCACUCCAAUACCUUGACUUUGUUGUCCUUAAGCCAUUUUGGAAGUAUGCUUGAGGUCAUUGUCCGUUUGGAAGAUCCAUUUGUGACCAAGCUUUAAUUUCCUGACUGAUGUCUUGAGAUGUUGCUUCAAUAUAUCCACAUACUUUUCCUCCCUCAUGAUGCCAUCUAUUUUGUGACGUGCACUAGUCCCUCCUGCAGCAAAGCACCCCCACAGCAUGAUGCUGCCACCCCAUGCUUCACGGUUGGGAUGGUGUUCUUCGGCUUGCAAGCAUCCCCCUUUUUCCUCCAAACAUAACAAUGGUCAUUAUGGCCAAACAGUUAUAUUUUUGUUUCAUCAGACCAGAGAACAUUUCUCCCCAAAAAAAGUACGAUCUUUGUCCCCAUUUGCAGUUGCAAACCGUAGUAUGGCUUUUUUAUGGCGGUUUUGGAGCAAUGGCUUCUGCCUUGCUGAGCGGCCUUCCAGGUUAUGUCGAUAUAGGACACGUUUUACUAUGGAUAUAGAUACUUUUGUACCUGUUUCCUCCAGCAUCUUCACAAGGUCCUUUGCUGUUGUUCUGUGAUUGAUAUGCACUUUUCGCACCAAAGUACGUUCAUUUCUAGGGGACAGAACGCAUCUCCUUCCUGAGCGGUAUGACGGCUGCGUGGUCCCAUGGUGUUUAUACUUGUGUACUAUUGUUUGUACAGAUGAACGUGGUACCUUCAGGCGUUUGGAAAUUGCUCCUAAGGAUGAACCAGACUUGUGGAGGUCUACAAUUUAUUUUCUGAGGUCUUGGCUGAUUUCUUUAGUUUUUCUCAUGAUGUCAAACAAAGAGGCACUGAGGUUGAAGUUAGGCCUUGAAAUACAUCCACAGGUACAUCUCCAAUUGACUCAAAUUAUGUCAAUUGGCCUAUCAGAAGCUUCUAAAGCCAUGACAUAAUUUUCUGGACUUGUCCAAGCUGUUUAAAGGCACAGUCAAGUUAGUGUAUGUAAACUUCUGUCCCACUGGAAUUGUGACACAGUGAGUUAUAGGUGAAAUAAUCUGUCUGUAAACAAUUGUUGGAAAAAUGACUUGUGUCAUGCACAAAGUAGAUGUCCUAACCGACUUGCCAAAACUAUAGUUUGUUAACAAGACAUUUUUGGAGUGGUGGAAAAACGAGUUUUAAUGAUUCCAAAGUAUAUGUAAACUUCCGACUUCAACUGUAUGUAUGUAUAUAGAAAUAUAUUUUUUUGCAAUAUACAGUUUGGGAAAUUGACCAGUAUGGUUUAAUAUAAUUUCCCCCCAUAUUUUUAAAUACAUUUUAAUGUAGCCAGAGUCACCCAAUGUCUUCCUAUGGUUUGGUUUUAAGCAUUGGGCACAGUUGGUCUCAAGAUGGGCACAGUUUUUUUCCCCCCAACUUGAUUUGAAUCCAUCCCUUAAACCUAGACUAGAUUUGUUAAAGUAUUUAGAGAAACUCUUGCUUGAUAUCAGCAUUAAGAAGCCUUAUUUUCUGAUAUUUGUAUUACUACAAAUUAAGAAUUAUUGGUUGACCCAUUAAGUUAUUCCUUUUAAUUUAUUUAAUUUAUUAAAUACAGAUACAAACAUGCCACAUAGAUUUUUAAACUGAGCCGUGUAGACCCAUGUGAUAUAUUAUAAACCGGGUGGUUCGAGCCCUGAAUGCUGAUUGGCUGAACGCUGUGGUAUAUCAGACCAUAUACCACGGGUAUGACAACAUUUUUACUGCUCUAAUUACGUUGGUAACCAAUUUAUAAUAGAAAUAAGACACCUCGGGUGUUUGUGGUAUAUGGCCAAUAUACCAUGGCUAAGGGCUGUAUCCAGGCACACCUUAGCCGUGGUAUAUAUUGGGCAUAUACCACCCCCCCCUUUUGCCUUAUUGCUUAAUUACAACUCAAUACCCACCCUAUUCACUAUGCAUUUCAUUUGCGAAAAUAUAUUUUGUACAGAAUUCAACUAUUAUUUUUUACAAGCAGCUCUUUCUCUAAAGAUUUCUUUUCAUAAUGUUUCCUUAUCAUGAUGAAAAGAUUACUCAGGCAAACCGUACCAGUAAAUUCUGACAGUAUUACUCUGGUCAUUACUACCACAACACUCCUCUGAAUGAUGUCACUGCUUCAAACAGCAGCUAGAAUUUCAAAGACCUUAACAAUUGUAAAGUAUAUGCAUUUUUAUAUUAAGAAAACAUUUUAGGACCUUUGUAAAUAUUUUUUAUAAUAAAAGGUGCAAAUCUUGUCA